ACGGAUAAAGCUGAAAGUUUUGGUAUAAGCAGAGAAGAGGCAUGCCAUAACUUGGUUUUUGUAGCUGGGUUUAAUGCAUUUGGGGGGUUCUCAAGGUGGUUUCCGUCUUUUAUCAAAUGGGUUGCAUCCGCAGGGGAGAGCCUACACCGCGAGCUAGCUGAGGAAAUCAGAACCACUGUGAAAUCCGAGGGUGGAGUCACUUUGAAUGCUAUCAACAAGAUGGCCUUGACCAAAUCAGUUGUAUACGAGGUUUUACGGAUUGAGCCUCCUAUACCGUACCAGUACGGGAGGGUUAAGAAAGAUUUGGUAGUCCAAAGCCAUGAUGCUGCAUUUAAGAUCAAAAAAGGAGAGAUGAUAUUUGGAUAUCAGCCCUUUGCUACAAAAGAUGGGAAAAUCUUUGAUGAUCCGGAUGAGAAGUUUGUAGGGAAUAGAUUUGUAGGGGAGGAAGGAGAAAAGCUGUUGAAGUACGUGUUAUGGUUGAAUGGGAGGGGGACUGAUGAACCGAGAGUGGAUAAUAAGCAAUGCCCUGGUAAGAAUCUGGUGGAGUUACUACUCAGGGUUUUUCUGGUGGAAUUCUUCUUGCUGUAUGAUACAUUUUCAGUUGAAACUGGGAACUUGUUGUCUAACACCAUUGUUACCUUCUUAUCCUUGAAAAAAGCCAGCAGCAUUUGAUGUUGUAAGUGUAC